AGGACCCAGCUUCCACUCGUCGUGCUGUUGCCAUGGAAAUCCCCGUGGCAGCAGCAUCGCUCUCUGUAGCGCCAGGAGAGCCGGAGGAGCAGUGCGAGCCCGCCCUACCCUUUCACCGUGGACAGCACCAUAGGACCAGACCGCCGUUCAACCACGGGAGAUUUUAUAUGCUGAUAGUUAUCGGAGAAAUCUCAACGGACCACCACCUUCAGUCUGCCAAAAAACACAUAAUACAGGGACUGCGGUCGUGGGACAUCGAUCUGACUCUGUGCGACCUGAACAGAGAGCUACAGCUCUUCGCGACGCGACACUCUGCCCAGUUCUCCUCAGAGGUCAAAGGACAGAGGACCCUGCAGUACAAGAGUGAUGUCCUUGAGACAGUUGUGUUGGUGAACCCGUCAGAGGAAACUACUGCUUCAGAGAUCCGUUCUCUGGUCACUGACUCUGCUGGACACAAGCUACUAGUCCUAAGUGGCCAGAGCUCUGAGCAGGGAGGUGACAUCACACUGCAGGGUGGAGCCUUCACCUGGAGACACUUCUCUGACAUAAUCUCUGAUCCUGGAGUGACUGAGGUCCUGUCCAACUCAGCAUCGGACCAGCGGCCCAGGCUAACAGUAUCGUGCCUGGGAGACGGGGGCUGGAGCUCACUGGGCCACAGCCAGGAGCAGCAGCACCUCCAGAACCUUCUGGAAUACCGCCUAAACCCUGAGCCCACGCUUCCCGACAUGGAGGGAGUCGCGGAGUUCACAGAGUACGUCUCGGAGACGGUGGACGUCCCGUCGCCCUUUGACAACCUGGAACCGCCCACCUCGGGUGGUUUCCUGAAGCUAUCCACCUGCUGCUACAUCUUCCCUGGAGGGAGGGGUGACUCUGCCCUGUUCGCCGUGAACGGAUUCAACAUCCUGGUGGAUGGAGGGUCCGAACGCAGGUCCUGUUUCUGGAAGCUGGUCAGGCACUUGGACAGGAUAGACUCAGUCCUGCUGACCCACAUUGGGGCGGACAACCUCCCAGGCAUCAACGGGCUGCUCCAGAGGAAGAUCGCUGAGCAGGAGGAGGAGCAGUCCCAGGGAUCUGGCGGCUCCAACACAUACGGUGACUGGAUGAAGAACCUGAUCUCGCCUGAGCUCGGUGUGGUGUUCUUCAACGUCCCCGAGAAGCUACGAAUGCCUGAGUCCACGCUAAAGGUCAAACGGAGCAUCGAGGAGGCAUCCCUCACACUGCAGUAUCUCAACAAGCUUGGCAUCAAGUCAGAACCUCUUUACAGGGUCGUUAGCAACACCAUUGAGCCCAUCACGCUUUUCCACAAGCUGGGCGUUGGCAAGCUAGACAUGUACAUUCUGAACCCUGUGAAGGAAAGCAAGGAGAUGCAGUUCCUUAUGCAGAAGUGGGCUGGGAACAGUAAGGCCAAGACUGGGAUUGUGAUGUCCAAUGGCAAAGAAGGAGAAAUAUCCGUCCCUUACUUGACCUCAGUAACAGCUCUUAUCGUAUGGAUCCCGCAUAGUCCAACAGAGAAGAUAGUCAGGGUGCUGUUCCCUGGAAAUGCACCGCAGAACAAAAUCUUGGAGGGGCUUGAAAAGCUGAAGCACCUGGACUUCCUGCGCUACCCAGUAGCCACUCAGAAAGACAUAUCCUCUGGGGCCCCGCCUCCAAUCAAACAAACAAAGAUGAGAUCAAGAACAGAAAGCAAGGAGAGCCUGAAAUCUUCCACCAAAACACAGUUGGCCUCAAAAGCCAGCAAGAAGGAAGCUAAAGGGCUGGAAGAGGAGUCCAAGAAUGACUCGGCUAAAGAGAACAAAAUUGAAAAGAGAGAGGAGAAGAAGGAGAAGAAGGUGAAGAGUGAGAGCGCCAAAGCUACCAAAGCCACCAAAGCCACCAAACAACAACAAAACAGUGAGGCAGCACCCGAAGCAGCCAAACUGGAGAGAAAGAAGCUGUCCAAGGAGAAAACACUGAGGAAACACUCCAAGGAACGACCAUCUAAGAUGGAGGAGAAAAAGGACAAAGAGAAGAAAGAGAUCAGUAAAGUAAAGAAAGAGGACAACAAACGCGAAGUGAAGAAAGAUGAUACUGCUAAAAAAGAGGAGAAAAAAGAAACAAAAGCAGUGAAGGAGGAGAAAAAGAAGGAUCUGAGUAAGCCAGAGCUGAGGAAGAUCACCAAACCAGACCUGAAACCCUUUACCCCAGAAGUCAGGAAAACCCUCCAUAAGGCAAACAAGACACAGGCCAAACCCAAGACGGACAAGACUGACAAAAACAUAACAGCCAAACCGGUCAAAGAGAAAACAGCUGAGAAAAAGUCUGUCCCAAAGAAAGCCCCCCCAAAAUCCGCUGCUGCUUUGGCAGACGGGUCUGUUGUAUCCUCUCCAGAAGACCUCACCAAGGACUUCGAAGCUUUAAAACGAGAUGAGCUCUCGAAGCUAGGGAGUGAACCCAUUCAGAAUGAUGUCAUGUCUGGAUGUCCAGCUUUCACAGACUCCAAACUCCCUGAUGAGGGAAUAACAACUAAAUCCACAGCCAAUCUUGGAGAGAAGUUUGAGGAUGAGGGUGCUGACAUGGAUGAUGGUGAUGAUGAUGGGGAGGAGUACAAAAAAGAGAGUGAUGUACUAAAGAAAGGUGCAGAUGUCGGGAAAUGGCAGGACAUUAAAAGAAAUGCUGGCAUGGAUAGGAAAUAUGAGGAUGAAAUGGAGAAAUACGACGACGACGACUACUCUACUAAGGGAGACAUGAAUUCGAAGAAGAGUGUCAGCUCAGAAGAGGAGGGUGACGUUAUCGAAAAAGCAGAUCUGGAGGGAAUUGAGGAUUAUGAGGAUAAAUACAACUCAGAAAAAGAUAAAAAAGAAUGGGACACCAAGUCAACCGACUUUAAAUCGUUUUCAACCGCAGUCGCCUCUGGACAAACCACUACCGCUGCCUCUGAGCAAGUGUCCUUCAUCCAAGAUGAGACUAUUCCCGCUUAUUCCGAAACGGAGCACACCAUCUCCGAUGAGGAGAUCCAUGAAGAACCCGAGGACAGGAUCCCACACCUCCGCUACGACGUUGCUUCCUGCGACAUCACCGUUCCCGACGUUCCAGGAUCCUUCGACUCUGUGUAUGGUGUUAGGGAGAUGAGAGCCUCGGCUACGUCUGACGCCUCAGACUUCAAAGCCAAAGGCUUUGUGGGAAGACAUGACCCAGUGUUGGCAGCCUAUCCAAGCAUCAUCACAGCUCCGCUCGCCGAGGAAGAGCACAUCUCCUCAGCCACGUCCAUCACAGAGUACGACAAACUGUCCUCGUUCGCCACUUCCAUGGCGGACGACCAGUCCAUCGCAUCUGUGACCGCCCCGCAGACAGAGACAGAGACAGGGAGGAGCUCUCUUCACCUGGACACGGUCAAUAGCAUCCCCUACCGCACCGAGGCCACCCACGGGAAGGACUACCUCCACUCGGCUGGAACCAUCUCUCCCACCUCCUCCCUGGAGGAGGACAAGAACUUCAGUUCUCCUCCUUCAAAGGAGUACCAGCCUUUUGUUACUGAGAUGGAGGCUGGGAGGAAGACCAAACCCGUCCAUGAGGAGUAUGACGAAGAGGAGGAUGAAGACGAGGACCAGACUCCCAACGUUGAUAUCCCCUUGGGGAAACUCCAAGAGGGCUACGAGCAGGCGACGGCAGCCAUGUUGCUCCAGGACAAGGAUAAAUCCCCCUCCACUGCCUUUGCACCUCCCUCUCCUCCCUCUUUCUCCAGCGGGUUUAAGCCUAGUUCCAUGUUUGAAGUUGAAGAGAGAUGUCUUAGCCCAGGCGACAGCACCGUGAAGCUGGCCUCACCCACCCAGUCGGUCCCCAUCAGCAGUGGCUACUCCCCCACAGAGGAGAAGAAAAACAACAAAAUGGACAACACUGAAACUGAGCUCCAGAAAAUGGGGCUUUCUGGUGACAAGACCCCCUUUGAAGAAUCAGAUGAGGAUGAUGAUGAUGACUAUUAUGAGAAAAGGGAUCUCAAACCCUGUGUUAAAGCUAAGUAUUUGGAACAGAAGGAGGGUAGGUUCUUGGACGAUGAAUCACCUCAAGAAGAGAAGCUGUCUGAGAGGGACAAAGGACUUGCAGAGGAUGACAUCAAGUCCAAGUAUCUGCAGAAUAAACCGGGGUCGACAGACGAGACACAGUUCUCUGGUUACAUGGCGCAAACAACCAAACCCCAGAUCAUGCACUCCGACGAGCAAGACGAGGUGGAGGAAGAUGAUGAAGAUGAUGUUGUUCAACCAAGUGGAACAGGGUCUAGAGCUUUAUCAGUAGAGCAAAGUAAAUUGGACUCUGAAGAUGACGAAAAGGAUGCAGCAUUAUCCAGAAAAAAGAACCAUGUAACUUUGAAAGAGCCAGAGAAAAGUGUCCAGUUCAAUCUGUAUGACUUCCCGGAGCGAGAGAGUAGAGAGAAACGCUCAGAAGAAGAAAUAAGACAGGACACCCCAUAUGUACACGGCAAGACUUUCUCUUACAGUGAUAUCUAUGACAAUAAAACCAGUUAUCAGAAGGACCAGUCAGAAAAAAUGGGGAAGGACAGUAUGAAGGAGACGGAUACACAGAAAAAGGACUCCGCUUUCCCCUCAGACAAGGAGGGUUUCCCUAGCUCUCAUGGAAAAGAUGUAUCUUCCUCCUCCUCUUCCUCUUCCCCCUUUCCAUGGCUCCAUGGCUCUGAAUCUAUAGAGAAGAUAAGUGAGCCACGUGGAUACAGCAGAGAGAGCAGAUUCCCAUCCAUGGCUGAUAGACCAGAGGCUUCAACCACAUCCUUAUCAUCAGAGAGAGACUCCUCCCCUUAUAAAGUUCACAGUGAUUACACCUCUGUAACAGGUAGUGCUGCAGCCAAACCCUCUUCAAUGAGCUACCAUGACAAAGAGGUGGAACUGGAGAUAGACAUGAGGAAGCUAACAGCCAGGGAUGAGGAAGACUACGAUGAUUAUGAUGAUGAAGAUGAUGAAGAAGAGGAUGAGGACGAUGAAGAGGAGGAUGCUAUUGACUCAGACAUGGAGAAAGGUGCCAAAGAGAAAUCGGAAAAGGAAGUCAAAAGUCCAUUCAUCGAUGGUGUGAGCUCAAAACAGCCCCAGUUUAUGGUUUCCAUGGCUGGCUACGGUUACAACAGCCAGACAAAGCCGACUUCACCAGACAGCAUGAGCACAGAAGAGCCAGAGUUUAUGGUUUCCAUGGCCGGCUAUGGUUACAACAGUCAGGCAAAACCGACUUCACCAGACUGUGUGAGCUCAAAGGAGACAGAUUUCACAGACUCCAAACUCCCUGAUGAGGGGAUAACAACUAAAUCCCCAGCCAAACUUGGAGAGACGUUUGAGGACGAGGGUGCCGACAUGGAUGAUGAUGAUGACGAUGAUGAUGAUGACGAUGAGGAGGAGUUCAACAAAGAGAGGGAUGUACUAAAGAAAUGUGCAGAUGGUUACAGUAGUCAGGCGACUUCACCAGACGGCAUGAGCUCGAAAGAGCCAGAGUUUAUGGUUUCCAUGGCCGGCUAUGGUUACAACAGCCAGGCAAAGCUGACUUCACCAGACGGCAUGAGCUCGAAAGAGCCAGAGUUUAUGGUUUCCAUGGCCGGCUAUGGUUACAACAGCCAGGCAAAGCUGACUUCACCAGACGGCAUGAGCUCGAAAGAGCCAGAGUUUAUGGUUUCCAUGGCCGGCUAUGGUUACAACAGCCAGGCAAAGCUGACUUCACCAGACGGCAUGAGCUCAAAAGAGACAGAUUUCACAGACUCCAAACUCCCUGAUGAGGGGAUAACAACUAAAUCCCCAGCCAAACUUGGAGAGAAGUCUGAGGACGAGGGUGCCGACAUGGAUGAUGAUGACGAUGAUGACGAUGAUGAGGAGUACAACAAAGAGCGGGACACACACAGCCAGGCAAAGACGAUUUCACCAGACGGCAUGAGCUCGAAUGAGCCAGAGUUUAUGGUUUCCAUGGCGGGCUACGGUUACAACAGCCAGGCGAAGCCGACUACGCCACCUUCCUCCACCACCUGCAAAGGUGACAUGGGCGCCACAGCGUUCUCUGGGUACUCCUCUGGGUUUGAUUAUUCUUACGGUGGGGAGAAAGACACAUUUCAGUCCAGCCAGAUGAAGGACAAAGAGGGAAAAGAUGACUAUUUCCACAGUGAGAGAGCUGACGGUGGUAAGAAAACAGGAGACACAGUAGGAGUCUCAUCAGGCUUCCACUACACCACCACCUCUGCCACGGCAUAUUCGUCCUCCUCUUCCUACAGCUACUCCUCCUCUACGUCCGGUCCGUCACUCUCCACCAGCCGGCAGUUUGGCGAGGAGCUGGAGACCCCAGCCAACGCCUCCGACCACAUCUUCAAAAAUGAUACAGACAGUGCCGGCUUCGAGUACUCCUCCUUUAAAGAUGAACACGGCUCCUUUAAAGAUGAACACGGCUCCUUUAAAGAUGAACAUGCCUCCUUUAAAGAUGAACACACUGCCUUUAAAGAUGAACACGGCUCCUUUAAAGAUGAACACGCCUCCUUUAAAGAUGAACACGCCUCCUUUAAAGACAAACACGCUUCCUUUAAAGAUGAACACUCCUCCUUUAAAGACGAACACUCCCUGGCCAUGGACUCCUCCCCCUUUUCCAGUUCCUGCGGGAUGGUUAAGAACGAGUACCUGGAGGUUUCAGAGAAGCAGAUGACGAUGGCCACCACCACCACCGCAGAAUCCACCUCCAGUCUGGCCCGCUUCUCUCCUCACAGCCCCUUUGAGGAGAUCAAACCUUUCCACUCACACUCCUCCGCUUCCUCCUCGGAAGACAAAAAGGAGCAUGUUGCCUCGAUGGAAGGAAGUGUUGUGAACAAAAGCCCCCAGUCGGACUGCUUCUAUAAACCGGAAUGGGCGGAUGAGUCCAAGCUGCAGGCUGCAGGGGGUUAUGGGCCUUUCUCCCAGUCACCCAAGGAGAAGGAUGCCAUCGCCAUGGGUUUGUUUGGUGUCACCUCGUCCCCACGGCCCGACUCAACAGGCAAGCAUUACUUUGAAAACUCUGACAGUACUGAGGAAGAGGAUGACGAGGAAGGUUACAUGCGUGAGAUGGGCCUGUCCUUCUCUAAAAAACACGGCAGCAGCACCACCACCUCAGGUAAGAUAGAUGGCGCUGGUCUCCCUGAUGUGCUCACCUCGUACAUACCCUCCUCUCUGCUGCCCACCAAGCCAGACACAGUCAAUGGUCCCAUGGAGGUUAGCAGCAUGAGCUCCCCCAUCAGUGCAGGGCCAGCAGCCAGCUGCGUGAGCCCAGGUCUGGGUACAGCUGAGGAGAAAAAGGUGAGGGGCUCCUAUGAGUGGAACAUGCAGAAGCCCCAGAUGGACAUGGUUCCUGGCGACUCCCCGCCUCAUUACCGCCACGAGGACGAGUUUGAGGAGGAAUGCGAAAUGGAACCAGAGUGCCCCGCCCGCCCGCUCUCCCUCUCCUCCACUGAACACACCUUCGGCUCCCCCUUCUACACGGAGGCGUCGUGCCGAGGAGAAGCAGGAGGAAGAGAUGAUGAUGAUGACAGCGACCUGGACCUCCCUCCUGAAAUGGGCGCCUCCUCCUCCACAUCCUCCUCCAAAGCCUCCCCUGGCUACUCCUCCUCGGAACACAGGCACCGCAAGGGAGACCUCUCGCCCUCCUUUAUCAAUCCCAGUAUGCAACAGCAGUCCAGCGAUGAGGAGGACGAGGAGCGGGGACGCAGGAGCGACCAAUCGCAGGAAGGGGACGAACAUGAUCUGUCAGUCAAGAAGAGAGCCAACAAACAGCCCCACCAUCCCCGCUUCCAGGGUGGCUCGAUCACCCACGCCGGGACGGCUGGGCUGGGGUUAGCCAGAGAAGACACCCCCCCAACCUCCGUCAGCGAGUCUAUACCGUCGCAGUCAGAUUCAGACGUUCCCCCAGGGACAAAGGAGUGCCCCUUCAUCACGGGCAACAGCAACAUGGACUCUGACGAGGACACUGAGUACCUGCCUGUGGAUAAGUUCUCCACCAUGGGAGGGGGCCACCAUCACUCCUCUUCCUCCUCCUCCUCCAGGAUUAGCCCCCGGGACCCCCCUCCUGCCCCACUCAUGGACCCCUUCCCCAACCCCCCUCACCCCGACGUCUGCAUGGUGGACCCCGACGCUCUGGCCAAUGACCAGAACCGGGUAACCUCAGAGUCGCCCCUCAAGAAGGACCCCAAGACGAAAGGCGUGCGGAAGACAGGGAAACCCAAGUCGGCAUCUCCGGCUCGCCGCAAGCGGUCCCCCAUGCCAGUGAAGCAGUUGCCAUCCCCUCGCAGCGCCUCGCUGAAGAAGGAGACAGAGAAGAGCUUGAGGAUGUCCCAUCUGUCAGACGGACAGGCCUCCAGAGACGAUGACCUCUCCAGGUCCAGUUACAACGCCGGCAGGGUGGCCAACGGAGUUAAGAGCACCUCAGGCUCUCAGAGGUCCAGUUCCGUGGUUCCCCAAGGCCCUCCUAUCUACGUAGACUUGGCCUACAUCCCCAACCACUGCAGUUCUAAGAACGUGGACCAGGAGUUCUUCAAACGUGUCCGCUCUGCAUACUACGUGGUGAGCGGGAACGAUGUGGGCAAUGACGAGCCCAGCCGAGUGGUCCUGGAUGCUCUACUGGAGGGCAAAGCCCAGUGGGGAUCCAACCUACAGGUGACGUUGAUUCCCACCCAUGACACAGAUGUGACUCGGGAGUGGUACCAGCAAACCCAUGAACGGCAGCAGGAGCUAAACAUCAUGGUCCUGGCCUCCAGCAGCACCGUGGUCAUGCAGGAUGAGUCUUUCCCCGCCUGCAAGAUCGAAUUUUAAGCCCCACCCCCCUCUCUUCCCCUCUGUAAUGGGACAACACACAGCUCCCCUGGUUCAGUCUGUCUGUUUAAAUAUUUUGGAUCUGCCUUUUCUAGGGAUUUAUUUCUUACAGUAAAUCAUAACAGUACAUCUCAAAUUACACCCUAUUGGUCUUAUAGCGAACAUCUCUGGUCUAAAGUAGUGCACUGGACUGUAUGUGGAGUAGGGUGUCAUUUUAGACAGAGAUAUUCAACAACCACACGUUUGAUUAUGGUUAGUGUCAUUGUUUGUAUUAUAAAGGUGCUCUUCAGACUAUAACGCUCCUCUACUAUAAUUCUAAGGUUUAUUCAAGGAAACAAGUAUGGUUGUGCAUACGGUAGAAAUCCAGGCAAAAUGUCCAGGCAAUGGUUACUGUUUCCUUCAAGUUAAGACAGAUUUUCUUCUAAUAGGCAUAACUCAUGCACAAGUAUGCCCUAUUAUAAUGUUAGAGUCAUCAACAACAACAACAGACUUAAUCUUUGUUUAAAGAAGUUACAACACCAAAACACAUUUUGUACUUUAGUGUUUAUAUGUUUUGUAGAACUGAAUACACCAUGCUAAUGCCAAUGGUACUUUUCUCAUCCACGUCGCACUCAUUGAACUUUGUGCCUAAUAUUGACACAUUGACAUAGAUGAUAUUCUAAGUAGAUUGUCUCUAAGAGUCUUUUAGAUGUCGAAUAAUUAUGUUUGUAGUAGAAUAGGGUGGAAAAAACUAAUCGAGUCAUACUCAAAGGAUUUGUGUGUGCCAUUCAGUUUUCAUGUCAUUUCUGCCAUUCAGUUUUCAUGUCAUUUCUGCCAUUCAGUUUUCAUGUCAUUUCUUCAAGGUGAAAUUCACUUUUACUGGAUUUCUCAAGCGCCAUAUUGCGUACAGUAAAUCGUAACUAUCAGUGUUGUCUGGUUGUAAAGUGAAGUCUUUUGAGAAUAUUUCCAGCCAGAACACAUCCAGAUCUGUCGAACAGGGCUGGUGUAUAUUGUACAAUAUACAACAUGCACAGUAGAUUACCCUUGCAUUUAUUUUCCAGGCUUGCAUCCACAAACAUAUCGUGGAUCCAGCCAACGUAUGCUAUUGUGUGAAAGGAAAGGAGAAUACUCUCAUUGCAACAUUUUAAUGACUGUAUGUCAGGUUGCUACAUUCAAUGUACUACUUCCUCGUCAUAGCAUUUAUACGCAUGUAUAACAUACUGUAAGCAUUACACAUUGGCUUGGAAUAGUGUGGCUUAUUAAAUGACAAAUAGCUUAAGCAGCUUGUUUGUGUUCAUGAACUCAUUGAUAGAAAGGAGGCUGUCAGGUUAAAAGAGGUUACACAACUUAAAGACAAUAACCCUCCGCUAUUUAACUGCAGAGCGACACUGUCUGUCUGUGAACUGGAGUAGGUCCACACUUUGGGAAGGUAUCACAGAUCAUAUGAUUAUUCUCACAUUUAGUAUUGACCCUUUAAGAGACAUGGGUGUGAUUUGGGAUUUGUGUAAGGUGAAGAUAGUGUAGACUAGUGGUAUGUACUCCAGCUAUGACCAUCAUGGUAUCGUCCCAAAUGGCACCCUAUUCCCUAUGUAGUGUAUUUCUUUUGACCAGAGCCUUAUGGUAGUGCACUGCAUAGGGAAUAGGGUGCCAUUUGGAGCAGUCAUACCUAACCUGGUUAUGACUACAGCAAUAGGACCAUGUGGUUGUGAGCUCAUGGCCCAUCACCUGUACAGGGUAAUAGUUUGAUUGAGUGUCUGAAGACUUGUCUGUGAGGUGUUUGCGCCGUGCAUUAAGACCACGUUGAUGAAACAUUGAUGAACAUUGUGGGGCGGUUCCAUAGAUGAUAGAGGUUUGACUGUCACCCACAUGUGCCUUUCUGUCCUGUCGUGUGUUCAAGGAAGACUCGGAUGCUUGCUUGAAAUGGCCCUUGUGGCAAAGCCAUAGAUAUUCAGUGUUCGGCAAACACCGUUUCAGUCUCAGAAUUUGAACGGACGCCAUGUUGGCACUGAAAGCUUCAAGAUGCAGAUUAGAAUGUUCUCAUCAUGGCAUGUUUGGUGCAGACAUGGAGGAUGGGUUGCCAUGGUAAAGUAGUGGCUAGGUGGGCAGGUCAGUGUUGUAGUAUGAUCACUAAACUAAGCAAACUAACAUGGUACUUACUUCUACCAGUCAGUGAUCACAGGGUCUGAUAUUCUCUGUCGACGAUAGUGAACAUGAAGCACAAAUGAUCAAACAACUUAAAAAGUACCAACUGUGAUCAAACCCAUAUUCUAAGAACUUUUAGGCCUACUCAUAUGAAAAUACUUUAAUUUGGGAUUUCUACCAAUUGUGUAUGUUCUUUAACACAAAAGCAGUCAUUUUUAAUCAGAAAAAGAGAGAGCUUUGUUGGAAAUGUUAACUCACAGACAGACGUUAUUUCCUAUUGAGUUGUAUUAUUUUCUUAAUCCUUAUGAUGCCCAUGGAAAGGGAAAUAGGUGUUCUGCUUUAGGGCUGUUUUAGAACCGUUAACUUUGGGACCAGAGGCCAAAAGGUUUUUGCUCUACCACAAUCACCUUGACUCAAUGCCUUGGAAUGUUUUUAAAGACAAAAUGUACAAUUUGCUUUUGAUUUUAUGUGAUUAUAGUCAGUGUGUCUAGAAUGUAAUUUUCAGUGUUAUUUAAGAUGGGUUUUCAUUUGUGUGCACAGUUCAAUUGUAUCCUUUAAUUUUACUGUGAAUUGGGAUUAACUAAGUAGAUUGUUAGAAAACGAGACAUGUUUUAAUUCCAUUUUAUUGCAUCAUGACAUUGAGUUUGAGGCUUACAAAGAACAAAUUAUAACAUGCUUUGUUCGAGGGUCUAGACAAAUUGUACUAUUGCGCAAUCUUUGAGGCCAAUCAGAAUAUUCAGCAAUGUAUUCCAGUUUUUCUGAGACAGAUAUGGCACACACACACACACACGUAAGUAAUAAUGAAUUUCAAAUGCUUUCAGUAAACAUGCUUUGAAUCCUGCAAUGUUUUUUUCUUCUCGUUGCCGAUGCUCAAAUGUACCGGACCAUGUAGAUUAUCAGAGAGAGUAGUUCUGAGACAGAACUGCUCUGUCUGUUAACCAGGCUGCAAUAACAAUACUGAGAGGUUUAACCAGGCUAGUUCUGAGACAGAACUGCUCAGUCUGUUAACCAGGCUGCGAUAACAAUACUGAGAGGUUUAACCAGGCUAGUUCUGAGACAGAACUGCUCUGUCUGUUAACCAGGCUGCGAUAACAAUACUGAGAGCAGCGUUCAGUCUGGUUUAACCAGGCUAGUUCUGAGGGAUCCAGCUGAUCCGAAUGUGAAGAAGCAGAUUAACCUUUACGUUCUCCGUGGAGGACAUUGAUAUCUUGGUUGCCUUGGUGACAUACUAGUUAGUAGUUGUAUAUAUUUCUGCUCCAUCAACUCAAAAGGGUUGUCAGUCAAAGUCAGACUGUCUCCUCUAUUGUGUGUGAAUACAGUGCAUAUCAAACUUAUUUUUAGGGCAGAAUGUCUGUUAUUUUAUUUCUUUACUCUUGUCUGAAGUCUGUCUAUUUCUAAUGGUUGCCCUGAGAAACGAGUGGAAUUAAUUAGUCAGCGAUUGAUUAAAGAAAACUGGACAAGUUCUACAUUUUCAGAGACUGAUUUUUGACCGUACAGGUAACUGUCUUACUAACAGUCAAAGGCAAACUAACAUGCCUGCUAUAUUGUUUAGCUGAGAGAACAUUCUGUAUAACAAAUAUUGGAUAAUUUUCCAGUGCUUGCAAUUGGCUUUCAUGUAGAGAAUGGGAUUCAGAACAACAGUAUCCCUUUAUAUCUCAGCAACUCUAUGAGAAGAUGCUCAAUCUUCUUGUGCUGUAAUUUAACCAGUUUUCCUGUGGUCUUUGACUUCAAGGUUGUCUUAACAGAGACAUCAACUGUUAACUCAUGUCAGUGUCAUUCUGAAGACUAGAAUUAACAUUGUAUUCAUAGACAUACACAAACCACAACACACAAAACUGACUGCCAGAUAGUGACUCGGAUCACUAUAUCAAUACAUUUUAUAUCUAGGGUAUUUAUAAUGGUUCACACAGUGAAUUUUUCCAAAUAAAAAAAACAGAACAAAAACAGUAACAAUGUAUUGUGCAAAAAUAAUAAUUCCGUUGAAUUCUCCAAAACUCCUCAGAAUCCUGAUGUAGAAAAUCCUCAUGAAGAUUGUCCAUCAUUCCAAUAAACUGCUUAUCUGUGCAUGCUAUCUUAUUGGUUCUAAUCCUGUAGGUAAUAGUUUAAAAAUGAAUAAAAUAGCCUUUCUAUUUUAAAAGAUGCAUAUUUAAAAAGCUAACUGUGGAUGGUAUGGAAGGCUGGUGCAAGGUCGUCGUCUUGCCUCCACUGGCUGUGCUGGAAGGAAGGCGUUGGGAUCGCUCUCCUCUUUCUUUUUGCAAGCUUCAUGACUGUUCUUAAAUCUUUUGUUUUAAGUGCAAUAUACUUCUCUAUCUUUAGGAACAUAGAACUUCAGCAGAUUUAUUGUCAAAGGGGGAAAGUGUGGUGAUCAUCAAUAAAACAUGUAUUGAAGAAUA